AAGCCUGUAGGCUACGCUGCCUACCCAUCUUUUGCAUUCCUAUUUCUUCCCUCUGAAGACAGGGCAGGCUCAUUUUGACUCAGAGUCUGUCCCUCUGCUUGUCUUCUACAAGCCAUGUGGCUCUACCUGCUGGCACUGGUGGGCCUGUGGAACCUCCUGCGCUUGUUGAGGGAGAGGAAGGUGGUGAGCCAUCUCCAAGACAAGUAUGUCUUCAUCACGGGCUGUGACUCGGGCUUUGGGAACCUGCUGGCCAGACAGCUGGACAGGAGAGGCAUGAGGGUGCUGGCUGCAUGUCUGACUGAGAAGGGAGCCGAGCAGCUGAGGAGCAAGACAUCGGACAGGCUGGAGACAGUGAUCCUUGAUGUCACCAAGACAGAGAGUAUUGUGGCAGCCACUCAGUGGGUGAAGGAGCAAGUUGGGAACAGAGUGCUCUGGACUCUGGGCCUGGUCACCAAUGCUGGCAUCUCCAUCCCCAGGGGUCCCAGUGAGUGGCUGAACAAACAGGACUUUGCAAGUGUGCUGGAUGUGAACUUGUUGGGGGUGAUCGAGGUGACUGUGAGCACGGUGCCCUCAGUGAGGAAGGCGAGGGGCCGUGUGGUCAACGUUGCCAGUGUCAUGGACCAAGUCUCUUCCUUUGGUGGUGGUUACUGCAUCUCCAAGUGUGGUGUAGAGGCCUUCUCAGACUCCCUCAGGUACUAGAUAGGGAAGGGGUCCGUGAGGGGAGCUUUGAUAGGGUUCUUGUUUAAUCAUAGUCUUUAAGUCCCCAUC